GCGCAUGUACAAGGCAUUGGUUUUGAAAUUGGAUUCGGAGGCCCGACGCCGAUCAUGACCUCCAUCAAUUUGGAAGCCACCAAAGACUUGUUGUUGCUUUACGAGACACUUGUGGAUGAAGAAGAGCAGCGGGAUCGGCUGUGCGAGGACCAGAUGCUGCUAAACUUUCUAGUUUACGUUCUCCAGGAGACAACAGACGAGAUCGUGAUGCUGUCCCUCAAGGUUCUGGCUGCCCUGUGCGCUGAUGACGACAGAUGCGCGAUAGUCUCGCAGACCUUCGGCCUCUCGCCUUCGCUGGAGCUGCUAAGUUCUGGGGCCCACGACUAUGGCGUGAAAGAAGCUGCACUGAGGCUCAAGAUGCGCCUGCUCGAGGCGAAGGUGGCGCUCCUCGCCAGGCAGCAAGAGGAGGCAGCCAUGGCUGACAUGCAGCUAUCGUUUCGGGAUUCCCGCAGCGCCUGGAAAGAUGGCAGUUUUGUUGCAACUACCCCAUCUCCAGCUAAGUGCCCACCAUUUAUUGGACAGCACAAUGGGGCGGCAAAAGUUGUUUCGCUACACAUCGAGGGCCUCUGUUCUCAGAGCGACAGAGAAUUGUGCAAAGAGAAGCUGCUCGCUGUCCGAGGUGUGAUCAGCUUCACAUUCGACAUCGAGAGGCGGCGGUGUGUCGUUCGGGUCAAGUCGGAUCUCUCGCCGCGGGCAUUGGUACAGGCUAUCAAGUCCACGGGAACGAUGUCGGCGAUGCAGGUAGCCAAUAGCACCAUUCCAAAAACACCAAGCAAUAGCAAAACCAAGCCUACAGCUGAAGACUCCCACCUUGAGGUUGGCCAUGAGGCAGAAGCCAGUCGGAAAACUGAGGAGGAGGUGGAGGACAAGGAAGAAGAUGAGGGUGAGAGCGAAAACCUCCCGGCCUACCUCCCCGAGGUGGACAGUCCGAUUCGAGAGGACGCAGUUGUGCGGCAAAAGAAGUCGAAAAGCUCCUCAGCUGCCAGCUGGCUUGGAACGGCCGCCACGUUCAUCACCAAGUCACUCUACUGGUGAAUAGUGACUCGAGCUCAGUGACGUUGUGAUCUUUGUCGAUGCCACAACGAAGCACUUGUGAACUUCUGUGAAGACAUGCACUAAUAGUGCACGCCAUCUAUUGGUCAGAGUUCUAUGGUGCGUUGUUGAAACGAGAUUAAUCCCAAUUCGAAACGGUGUCGCCUGUUCCACGAGGACAAUAUGGCUGUCAUCUUGUCUGGCGACUCAUAUUAGCAUAGUCCAACUAUACGUAAUGCUGCCAUCACCGUUACCACCUCGGUUGCCUGUGAGGUUUACAUAUGCUAGCGAAUCUGCAUUGCACGUGUAAGCAGGUGGAAGAGGCAGUAGUGAUUUAGCAAAAUUAUCUAAUAUGCUACAAUACCUUGCGUUGCAAGUUGUAAGUGCCCCCUCUCCACCCUCCUGUCGGGUUUGCCUGUGUGUUUUGCCAUUUUGCAUUUUUUUUUGCAUUAUUAAUAGUGGAUCUGCGCCAACUUGCCAGUUUUACCAUGGGUCUUCGAUAUCUUUUGUUGCAUGGCUGUUGGCUGCCAGCACAAAACGAGAGACACUGAAGAGAACUGUUAAAGUUCCAUUUCUUAAAACACAAAUAGGUCAUAUUGUAAGCAGAAGUUAAUUCUGCAUUAUGUCAUGGACUUUGGCAGAACCCAGUUGAUGCUAAAAUUACCUUUUCAUGAUUUCAAAGAAUAAUAACAAUAGCAUACAAAAAUAAGUAACGCUGGCUGGCAACGUUUGUAGGCUUUUCCCCCGAGUGAAAGCAUUGAAAUAAAUGCAAAUGCUGCAAAGUUUGUGUCUACAAUGUGAAGUUUGACAGUUCCUCUGCUCAUAAGUGAUCCCUUGUAGGUUGCGAUUUCAUAAA